CGCCGCUGGAAUCCAAGAGCUUUUCUGCCAGAGAGUGAGCAGCAGCGUGUGGCGGAUCCGCACAGCGGCGGAGGACGGGCGCAGACAAUCUCCGCGCAAUCUCUGCUCUUGUCUGUUUUGUUGCUGCUUAGUGGGGGGAGAAAUAAAGGAGAACGACUUCCUUCGGGGGAGGAUCGACCCGUUUUUCAAGGACGGCGGGGGAUGCGGGCGACAGUUUUUCGGCAGCGGGGGGAAAGUUUGCCGCAGAGUUUGAGAAGUUUCUUGUCGCAUCCACAGUUUUGCAUCAUGGCGAGGGGGAGCAGCCGUUGCGUUGAGAUGGGAGCUGGACACUCGGCCUGGGCGGUAGCAGCAGCAGCAGCAGCAACUCGCCGUGCCUGUUCCUGCAGCCCCCCGACCGCCCUCCUCGCCCCCUUGUUGCUGCUGCUGCUGCUGCUGCUCUCGCUUGUCUCGCCCGCAUUGGCCGCGCCGCCCGAGUCCGGAGACUUCGCCAUCCUGGAGGAAGCACAAGUUCUUGCGAAUCAGAUGCGAGUGCUGGCCACCAGCGAACUUGGAGUCUUCAACAUGCAGGCAAUCUAUAACUCAUUUGUUUACAUAGAGAAGAUCUCUAAUGGAGAAACAGAAGUGCAACAGCUGGCUAAAAAGAUAAGAGAGAAGUUUAAUCGCUACCUCGAUGUCGUGAAUCGGAACAAGCAAGUAGUGGAAGCAUCCUACACAGCUCACUUAACAUCACCAUUGACGGCUAUCCAGGACUGUUGCACGAUUCCACCUUCAAUGAUGGAGUUUGAUGGAAAUUUCAACACGAAUGUUUCAAAAACCAUCAGUUGUGAUAGACUUUCCACGACUGUCAAUAACCGAGCAUUUAACCCUGGACGUGACUUAAACACAGUGCUUGCUGACAACUUCAAGUCAAAUCCUGGCAUUAAGUGGCAAUAUUUCAGUUCAGAAGAAGGGAUUUUCACCAUUUUCCCUGCACAUAAGUUUCGCUGCAAAGGUGGCUACGAACAUCGGAGCAGGCCUGUUUAUGUUUCUACGGUGAGGCCACAAUCAAAGCACAUUGUGGUUGUGGUGGAUCAUGGGGCCUCGGCCACAGACACCCAGCUGCAGAUAGCCAAGGAUGCUGCACAAGUAAUUUUAACCUCUAUCGAUGAGCAUGACAAGAUUUCUGUGCUGGCUGUGGCAGAUGCAGUCCGAACAUGCUCUCUGGACCAGUGCUACAAAACAUACUUGUCUCCGGCCACCAGUGAGACUAAAAGAAAAAUGACCACGUUCCUUAGCGGCAUAAAGUCGGUGGAUGGUGCCACACAGCAUGCAGUGGGCUUUCACAAAGCAUUUCAGUUGCUUCAGAAUACAAACAACAGCACGAGGGUCCAUUCACCCACUGACAUGGUGAUAAUCUACUUAUCGUCUGGCAUCACCUCAAAAGAUUCCUCCGAAGAAGAAAAGAAGGCAACACUGAGUGUUAUCAGUGAGCAAAACAGACAUCUCAAUAACUCCGUGAUGAUCCUGACUUAUGCUCUGAUGAAUGAGGGCAUAACUGGAUUGAAGGAGCUUGCCUUUCUUCGAGAUUUAGCAGAACAGAACUCAGCAAAAUACGGAGUUCCUGAUCGCUCAGCACUCCCAGUUGUAAAAGGAACAAUGAUGGUAUUGAAUCAGUUGAGUAACUUGGAGACUACUGUAGGAAGGUUUUACACAAACGUGCCAAACCGAAUGAUAGACGAAGCAGUGUUCAGUCUGCCCUACACGGAUGAGAUGGGUGAUGGAUUGAUCAUGACUGUUAGUAAACCCUGCUACUUUGGAAACAUGCUGUUGGGAAUUGUAGGGGUAGAUGUGAAUUUGGCUUACAUUCUGGAGGAUGUAACUUACUAUCGUGAUUCUUCUGCCUCCUAUACGUUCCUAAUAGAUAACAAAGGCUAUACACUUAUGCACCCGUCCUUGACUCGGCCAUAUCUGCUCACAGAGCCACCUCUUCACACUGAUAUAAUUCACUAUGAGAACAUUCCAAGAUUUCAGCUCGUCAGGCAGAACAUUCUCAGUCUCCCCUUGGGCAGCCAGGUUAUUACUGUACCUGUAAACUCCUCUUUAUCUUGGCACAUAAAUCGAUUACGAGAAACCAGGAAGGAGGCCUAUAACGUCAGCUAUGCUUGGAAGUUGGUGCAGGACACAUCGUUUAUUCUCUGUAUCGUGAUGGUUCAACCUGAGGUGCCAGUAAGACACCUGAAAAAUUUGAACACUGCCCCAAGUAGUAAGCUUCUAUACCACAGGUUGGAUCUGCUGGGUCAGCCCACCUCCUGUUUGCAUUUCAAGCAGUUGGCAACACUAGAAAGUCCCACAGUCAUGCUAUCUGCAGGCAGCUUUUCAUCUCCAUUUGAGCACCUGAGUCAAGCAGAGACAAAACGUAUGGUGGAGCACUACACAGCCUAUCUGAGCGACAACACGCGUCUCAUCGCCAAUCCAGGACUCAAGUCCUCUGUCAGAAACGAAGUCAUGGCUACCAGUCACGUAACAGAUGAAUGGAUGUCACAAAUGGAAAUCGGCAUCCUGAACAGUUACAUUGUCCGUCGUUACAUAGCAACACCCAAUGGGGUGCUUCGGAUUUACCCCGGCUCUCUCAUGGAUAAAGCAUUUGAUCCCACCAGGAGACAGUGGUACCUCCAUGCAUUGGCAAACCCAGCUCUGAUUACCUUCACUGGCCCAUAUCUGGAUGUUGGAGGUGCUGGUUACGUUGUUACACUCAGCCACACGAUUCAUUCUUCCAGGUCCCUGUCGGCACCGGGCCAUGCUGUGGCGGUGAUGGGUGUGGACUUUACCCUGCGAUACUUUUACAAGGUUCUUUUGGAUUUAUUACCCAUCUGUAAUCAAGAUGGAGGCAACAAAAUCAGGUGCUUUAUCAUGGAGGAUAAAGGUUAUCUCUUGGCACAUCCAACUCUAAUUGACCCCAAAGGCCACGCACCUGUGGAACAGCAACAUAUCACCCACAAGGAACCUCUGGUGGCGAAUGACAUCUUAAACCAUCCCAAUUUUGUGAAAAAAAAUCUUUGCAACAGCUUCAGUGACAGGACAGUACAACGAUUCUACAAAUUUAACACCAGCAUUGUAGGUGAUCUGACCAACCUUGUUCAUGGGAGCCAUUGUUCGAAGUACCGAUUGACCAGAAUUCCUGGCACCAAUGCCUUUCUUGGAAUUGUUAACGAAACAUGCGAUGCACUUGCUUUCUGCGCCUGCAGCAUGGUGGACAGACUUUGCCUGAACUGUCACAGAAUGGAACAAAAUGAAUGCGAGUGCCCCUGUGAAUGCCCCCUGGAGGUGAACGAAUGUACUGGCAACCUGACCAAUGCAGAAAGCAGGAAUCCAAGUUGUGAAGUCCACCAGGAGCCUCUGACUCUUGCUGCCUUUGACCCCAGUCUACAAGAAACCCUCCCACAGUGCAUUAACACCAGAUGCAACCAAAGGACAUUGAGCGGUGAUUGUUUUGGUGUUUUGGACUGCGAAUGGUGUAUGGUGGAUAGUGAUGGAAAAACCCAUCUGGAUGAGCCAUACUGUGCAUCCCAGAAAGAAUGCUUUGGAGGAAUUAUAGGAGCUAAGAGUCCCUACAUAGAUGACAUGCCUGCCUUGGGAGAUGAGGUUGUGGCAUUGAACAUGAUCAAAAGCGCGCCAGUCGGGCCGGUGGCUGGUGGGAUCAUGGGGUGUAUUAUGGUGCUAGUUCUGGCAGUGUAUGCUUACCGACACCAGAUCCACAGGAGAAGCCACCAGCACAUGUCUCCUCUCGCAGCCCAAGAGAUGUCUGUCCGAAUGUCCAACCUGGAAAAUGACCGUGAUGAGAGGGAUGAAGAUAGCCAUGAGGAUAGAGGAAUCAUAAGUAACACAAGGUUUAUAGCGGCUGUAAUUGAAAGACACGCGCACAGUCCAGAACGCAGGCGACGGUACUGGGGACGAUCGGGAACAGAGAGUGAUCACGGAUACAGCACCAUGAGUCCUCAAGAGGACAGUGAAAACCCACCGUGCAAUAAUGACCCAUUAUCUGCAGGAGUGGAUGUGGGGAAUCACGAAGAAGAUUUGGAGUUGGACACUCCACCUCAGACUGCUGCUUUGUUAAGUCACAAAUUCCACCACUAUCGCCUACACCACCACCCUUCCCUCCACCACAGCCACCAUCUACAGGCUGCAGUUACAGUACACACAGUGGAUGCAGAAUGCUGAACCAUUUGACCUCCCCAUUCAAUAGAAGCUACAAUCAAAAGGAAUUGCAUCAACUUUUGCUUUAAUCAUCAGCCUUUGAGUCAAAUGGGGAAAACUCUUAUGGAUUUUUAAGGGAUUCUGAAAACCAUCAAAACAACUCAUUGGGAAUUGUAAGUGUUAACAAUACAUCACAGAUUUUUUUUUAAAUAAAGGAUUAUUUUUCUACUAUUUAUUGAACCUUUUAACAAAAAUAGACCACGGUAAGCAGUUUUUUUGGAACUGCUGUUCCUGACAAUGUCAUCGUGGAUUAAGAAUGAACAAAGCCACACGGAUAAUGACUAAGAAUUAAUUAUAUCUGAAUCAACAAGUGAAGUUUGUGAACACGUUGUAUUUAGUUUGUGUUUGAUUGCAUGAGCUCCACAAACCUUUUCAGAAUAGUGUUAUUGCUAACUUGUUGUUGUGGGCCACAGUCUCGACCAGUGUCCCAUCUUACUUCAGGGGCACGCAAGAGGACAUCGAGAGAUGAUGGAAUGCAGUUGUGCAAACCUGAUAGUCUAUGUAGUGGGCACCUAAUUUUGAUCAUGCCACUCAGCAAGCUAAUUGGAGAAUGGGUACUUUCCCCACAAGGAAUCAAAUAACUCAUUUGGCUCAGUGUUUUUAUUAUUAGUAAGCAGCUUUCACGUGUUAUAGAAUCUGGGAUAUUCCUGCCUCUCAAUCAUAUCAUUAAGUUACCUUUUGUUGUAGCUAAGUAAUAGGAAUUCUCAUCACAAGCCACAGUCGACAUCUGAGCAGGCUGUGAAUGGAGUACCACAGGUAGCUGGGCUCACAGGUAAGGACAUAGUCUUAGCUCAAAUAGCGACCUGGCAGUUUUUUUAUGAGCACCACUAUAAGUAAAGCAGUGAUUGGUAAAUGAUGCUUAUUGCUGCUGUUUUAAAGUGGCGACGUUAUGAGACUGGUCUGGAAUGAGAUUUUGUCACGGAAUGUUAGUGUUAAAUACUUGUGGUGCAGUGGAAAGUUGUGCGACACCAGAGUUUUCAACAAACUUCAAAGCUCUGAGGCAAAGUCAGUUGUCAAAAAGCAUGACCUGAAGAGCCAUUGAUGCUGCAAAUGUUUUUUGUUUAAUAACUGUAUCGUCAAUAGAUUAAUCUCUCUAGUGGUCUUUGCUCUUUCAGUCAAUUAUGAUCUUACAUGUAAUAUUAAAAAAAACUCUGAAUUGCUGCUGAAAUUACAUGAAGUUUAGGGGAGGGGAGAUGAUUAAUGUACAGGUCAUAUACUCUCCAACCUAAAAAUUGUUUUAUAAAAUUGUAAAGUUAAGUUUUUUUUAUUUUUAUUGUUACAGUUGAUUAAAAUUUUAAUUAUUGUAUUCCUAUGUUUUUAAACUGUAAAAUCUUUUUAUUAAACAAAAUCUGAAAA